AUGGAUUCGGUAGAACUUUGCCUUCCUGAAUCUUUUUCCCUGCACUACGAGGAAGAGCUUCUCUGCAGAAUGUCAAACAAAGAUCGACACAUUGAUUCCAGCUGUUCGUCCUUCAUCAAGACGGAACCCUCCAGCCCAGCCUCCCUGACGGACAGCAUCAACCACCACAGCCCAGGUGGCUCUUCAGACGCCAGUGGGAGCUACAGUUCAACCAUGAAUGGCCAUCAGAACGGACUUGACUCGCCACCUCUCUACCCUUCUGCUCCUAUCCUAGGAGGUAGUGGGCCUGUCCGGAAACUGUACGAUGACUGCUCCAGCACCAUUGUUGAAGAUCCCCAGACCAAGUGCGAAUACAUGCUCAACUCGAUGCCCAAGAGACUGUGUUUAGUGUGCGGUGACAUCGCGUCUGGGUACCACUAUGGGGUAGCAUCCUGUGAAGCCUGCAAGGCAUUCUUCAAGAGGACGAUUCAAGGUAAUAUAGAAUAUAGCUGCCCUGCCACGAAUGAAUGUGAAAUCACAAAGCGCAGACGUAAAUCCUGCCAGGCUUGCCGCUUCAUGAAGUGUUUAAAAGUGGGCAUGCUCAAAGAAGGAGUGCGUCUUGACAGAGUACGUGGAGGUCGGCAGAAGUACAAGCGCAGAAUAGAUGCGGAGAACAGCCCGUACCUGAACCCUCAGUUGGUGCAGCCAGCCAAAAAGCCAUAUAACAAGAUUGUCUCACAUUUAUUGGUGGCUGAACCGGAGAAGAUCUAUGCCAUGCCUGACCCUACUGUUCCCGACAGUGACAUCAAAGCCCUCACUACACUGUGCGACUUGGCCGAUCGAGAAUUGGUGGUUAUCAUUGGAUGGGCGAAGCAUAUUCCAGGCUUCUCCACGCUGUCCCUGGCGGACCAGAUGAGCCUUCUGCAGAGUGCUUGGAUGGAAAUUUUGAUCCUUGGUGUCGUGUACCGAUCUCUUUCCUUUGAGGAUGAACUUGUCUAUGCAGACGAUUAUAUAAUGGAUGAAGACCAGUCUAAAUUAGCAGGCCUUCUUGACCUAAAUAAUGCUAUCCUGCAGCUGGUAAAGAAAUACAAGAGCAUGAAGCUGGAGAAAGAAGAAUUUGUCACCCUCAAAGCAAUCGCUCUUGCUAAUUCAGACUCCAUGCACAUAGAAGAUGUCGAAGCCGUUCAGAAGCUUCAGGAUGUCUUACAUGAGGCCUUGCAGGAUUAUGAGGCCGGCCAGCACAUGGAAGACCCUCGCAGGGCUGGUAAGAUGCUGAUGACGCUGCCGCUCCUGAGGCAGACCUCUACCAAGGCCGUGCAGCAUUUCUACAACAUCAAACUGGAAGGCAAAGUCCCCAUGCACAAACUUUUUUUGGAAAUGCUGGAGGCCAAGGUCUGA